AUGGAAGACGACACUUUUACUGGUGUGUUUCCCCAGGCAGCACAAACUAUUCGUGCAGCCAGUGCCUUGGCCGCCCAAGAUGUGGCGUUUCUUAAGUCCGUGGAUGCCAAAUUGGGCCAUGAUAUUGAUUCAGCAUCCAAACAGGUGUUGAGUAUAGUAAACCGACUUUUUGAAGCCGGAGGAGAACAGGAAGACCUUAUAGAUUAUGGGACAGACAGAAUAGAGGGCGAGGCCAACUGGAAACGGGUUUCGAACGCCUUGGAUAACAUUUUCGAGAAGAUAGACUCCGCCUUUGAUGAACAGAAACAACAUGGUGACUCCAAACAACCAACCACAACAUUUACAUAUUUAGAAGGAUCUACAGAAGAUUCUAAUAGUGAUAGCAAACAUACAGGGAAACGGUUGACCAAGCCUCAGAACGAUUUCCGGGUUAAAAUCGAUAACUCGGAGAUAGGACCAUUUAAACCUAAGUUAACUUCUAAACCUCAUGCCUUGAAAUCAUAUGAAGAGACAUUAACAUUACGAACAUGUGCAUCACCUGCUGCUGCUGACGAUUAUGAAGAUCCUCCCUUCUAUCCGCAACCAUACGAAACAGAAAUUGACAAACAGCCAUACCCCGAAAGCAUAUAUACCGUCACUCCGCCUGUUCCGUUCAAAAGCUGGCAUGACACUUCAGCUGUUUGGGUUGACAGCGUUGAUAAAUUGCAGGAAAUGAUCGCGGAGUUGCUGCAACUGACGGAAAUAGCCGUUGAUUUGGAACAUCAUGACUAUAGAACGUACUAUGGAAUUGUAUGUCUUAUGCAAAUAUCCAAUAGAGACAAGGAUUGGAUAGUGGAUACCCUUUCACUUAGAGAUGAUCUUGAACCCUUGAACCAAGUGUUUACGAAUCCCCACAUCAUCAAGGUGUUCCAUGGAGCGUUCAUGGAUAUCAUAUGGUUACAAAGAGACUUGGGAUUAUAUGUUGUGAGUUUAUUUGAUACUUUCCAUGCGUCCAAGAAGCUAGGCUUUCCCAAGUUUUCAUUGGCUUAUUUAUUAGAGCAUUUUGCCAAGUUCAAGACGUCUAAAAAGUACCAAUUGGCCGAUUGGAGGCUCCGUCCCCUUCUGGGGCCAAUGUUAGCUUAUGCCAGAUCCGAUACUCAUUUCCUAUUGAACAUCUUUGACCAACUAAGAAACCAAUUGUUGGAGUCUGGUGGUGAAGAUAAGAUGAAAGAGGUACUUUAUGAGUCAAGACAGGUUGCCAAAAGAAGAUUUGAAUAUACCAAAUUCAGACCACUUAUCAAUACCAAAAACGUCACAUGUCCUGUCAUGGCAUACAACCCAAGAGAGCCUUAUGGUUCUAUUAUAUCUCAAUAUAACGUGCCAUUACAUAAGAAACCUUUAGUGGAAGCAUUAUACAAUUGGAGAGACGACCUUGCCAGGCAAGAAGAUGAAUCUGUGCGGUACAUUUUGCCCAAUCAAUUGCUUGUGAAUUUGACCAGUUUGACGUUGCCUGUUGAUGUUUCCAAGAUCAUGAACUGUGGCACGUUUGUCACCGAACAUGGGAGACUCCAUGUCAAGGAGCUUGCGCAGUUGAUUAACACUGUGUCUCAGAACACAGAGGUCAAUGACUGGGAGUUGGUGGAGAAAUGGAAUAACUCUACCGAUAGUUUGAACGACACAGCAGCCUUUGGGAACGUUAACGAAGAGGAUAUGACCCGGGUGUUUGAAGAUUUGAAGUCCAAUCACUUCCGUUUGUCCGAUUCCUUAUUAAGAAGCGAAUCGAUAAUCAUCAGCUCACCGUUCAAGAUGAGAUACACUGUUCAUUAUGACGACAAGACCCAUGAACCAGUGGAGAGCCACGAUUUGGAAGAGAGAAGAGGAAAGGUAGAGGAAUACUUUAAGAGUAUUGAAGGCGAGAGUAUCGUACUUGAGGAAGGAGAAGCCGAGCACACUGAACCAGAACCAACUGAGCAAACUGAACCAAAAGCAGUAACUGAAGCCGAGACCAUUAAGGAAGACCCCAAUGAAAUCAUUACUCUUAGAAAGAAGAAGAACAACAACAUCAAUAACAAGAAGGAACCAGUCCAAGCAGCCAGUCUCUCCAAUGCUUUUGAUUACGCUAAUGCAGACAAGAUUCUUCUUGAUACCAAGCAACGGAGUAAACUCAACCCUAAGAAGAGAGCGUUCAAUCCUUACGGAGAUAAGGAAGAUCAAGGACCACAAGGAGCCAAACGUAACAAGAGAAACAUUACUGGGAAAACGUCUACCUUCUCCAAUAAACGGAGAUAA